AUGUCGUCCCGAUCAAGGCGGAACAUUGUUCGGGGGACCGUGAUUCGAGCCUGCCGAGAAGGAUCUGCGAGACCUCGAUCUGGCUCGACAGGUCCUGAACUCGUCUCAUCGAGUUCAGCUUCGAACGGCCAUGUCGUCUACAAGGACUCUACUCGGCUCUCCGCCGAAUUCUUCAGUAAUCUCCUCCAGGACUACACAACAAUCGUAUUGCCAUUUCUCCCAAUUGUCAGUGAAAACGAAUUCGCCUCAGCAAUAGCAGAGAAGAAACCAGACCAGACGGGAAGCGCCUUUGUGAAAAUCCUAGGAGCCAUCACAUUGAAUAUGAGAUGCUCCUGGCUCGGGGAGGAGGAGACUGAUCGGAAUCAGAUCAAUCUACUCUAUACCCAAGCUCUCCAGCAGCGUGGCGCCCUCAUGCCCGACCACCAGAUUACGGUUAGAACUCUCGUUAUUCCUCUGUUUGCUGCAACGUGUAUUCUCGACAUCAACCCCAACUCAGACAUGGGUGUCUACUAUCUCCGCGAAGCAAUCACGGGCAUACAGAUUCUCGGUGUGGAUGAUCCUUCCAGGGCCGUUAGGCUUGAUGCGAGUGACAGAGCACAACAGGAAAGACUCUAUUGGGUGCUCUUUAUUCAUGAACGUCUCCUCUCGAUCACAAGUCGUCGACGUCCCACCUUGUCUGCCCUGCCAAACCUCCUCCAACCUGACCCUACGAUUCCAGAAGGAGUGCUCAAGGGCUUCAAUCAGAUCAUUCUUCUGUUCAAGACGAUAGACGACACUUUCAUGACACACUGGAUAGACAGGCAAGCUCCCACGUUGACAAUGGCCUGGAUCGAGGAAAAGCAGUCCCAGCUCAGCGGCAUAAAUGACGACUGGGAGGACCAGAUAAAAGAGCUUAGCCAGAUGCAGCAGAUCGACCUGCUAGUCACCCGAGACUGGCUGCGGACGUUGGUAUGGCAGGUGGCACUAUCACGCUUCUUCUUGACUUCAGACGGACGUCCCAGCCGACAUUUCAUGGACAUUACGUUUCCGGCGCUCAUUUCUCGUCGCCUCAGGAUGAUGCUCACGGCAACCCCGCGGCAGGCCGUUGAAAUCCACGGCACAGGUAUUCUCCAUAAGGUCUUUGAAAUUGUAUCGAUGCUGGGUGAUUUACUCGAGCUCGUCCUACAUGCAACUUGUGAUGAUCGUACGAUUAUAGAUCAUCUGGAUGACUAUUCAUUCUUGUAUACAUUUUUGAACAGCAUGUCCAAGUUUGAUCCUGUCGAACAAACGAUCUUGAAUACACGGUUCAUGACUGUUCAAGCACAGUAUCCUGCUUUGUCUACACUUACGGGAACGGGCUGA